AUGUCAGGACACCACUGCAUCACCCUCGCUGCCAACCCUCCCUAUUUCGAUGGGGACAAAUCUAAAUAUCUGGGCUUCGUAGACUCGUGCACCACCUACAUUGGUGCCUAUCGAUCAGAGUUCUCGCAGGAUGAGACCAAAAUCCUCUUUGUCCUCUCCUACCUCCGCAACGAGAGCGGCACGAGCUGCGCUGCCUCGAGAUGGGCGAUGAUCUGGAAGCAACACAACUUCGAUGGCUUCCAGGGACUGAAGGCAGGAACCACGGCCAAAACCUUCUUGGAAGAACUGCAGAGGGCCUUCGGGGACUCCAAUGCGGAACAAGUCACCGCUGCUCGACUCAUGGCCCUGCGCCAGAACAAACGGUCCUUUGCGGACUACAUCUCCGACUUUGAGAUGUUGGCCUCGGAUGCGGGAUACAAUGUGGUCGACACCACCAACGACAAGGGCGAAUACAAGAAGGGAGACCAAGACAAUAUCCUCAUCGCACCUCAGUUACCACCGCCAUCACGCGGUUCUCCCCCCGCGGGGUACCUACUGGGUACCCUCAGACGUCUUGCUGAGGGUACCCAGUAG